AUGGCAGCCAUUCUAUGGCUUGCUAACUUGAGCGCUGCUGCCCCUAGCGGUUCGAUGUCUGCCACCAAGCGGGACCUAAAAUUCCCUUUUGGGAGUGAGAAGGUUAGAGGUGUUAACUUAGGCGGUUGGCUUGUGUUGGAGCCAUGGAUUACCCCUUCAAUCUUCGCAGCUACACCGGACACCGUCGUCGAUGAAUUUACGCUUACGCAGACUCUGGGCGCCAACGAAGCAGCAAAACGACUCAACCAACAUUGGAAUACAUGGAUUACGGCGAAUGACUUCAGCGACAUUGCGUCGAAAGGUCUUAACUUUGUUAGGAUUCCUGUGGGCUACUGGUCAGUGACGCCGUUACCUGGAGAUCCGUACGUUGAUGGCGCUUAUACCUAUCUGCGAAAUUCUCUUGAUUGGGCUACACGUAAUAAUCUAAAGGUUAUGAUUGAUCUCCAUGGAGCCCCCGGAUCGCAGAAUGGCCUAGAUAACUCCGGACGUCGUGGUGCUGUUACCUGGACUCAAGGUGACACUGUAAAGCAGACCUUGACCGCGUUAAAUAAACUACGCGAUGACUUUGCCUCUCAUCCUGCGGUAGCUUCCAUUGAACUUCUUAACGAACCCAUGAGUCCUGACCUGAAUAUGGAUACGGUACGACAAUUCAUGACAGAUGGGGCGAGUAACUUACAAGGUCACAACCUCGCCAUUGCUUUUCACGAUGCGUUUCUUGACGUAACGAGCUGGAAUGGCUGGGGUGGGCCUUCAAGUUCAUCGUCAUUACUCCUGGACACUCAUCAUUAUGAGGUAUUUGAUAGUAAUCAGUUGGCGAUGAAUAUCGACGGGCACGUUAGCAGCGCAUGUGCCUUUGGAACUCAAAUGGCAACCAACAAUAAAUGGACGAUUUCGGGAGAAUUUACCGGAGCUAUGACCGAUUGUGCUCAAUGGCUCAACGGUCGCGGUGUAGGUGCGCGUUAUGAUGGUUCGUUCAACUAUAACGGGAAGUCAUCUUCCUACAUUGGGUCCUGUAGCGGGAAGACGUCCGGUACCGUCGCUCAGUUUACCGAAACCGAGCGUAGUGAUAUCACUAGGUUUAUUAACGCCCAAAUGGUCGCAUAUGAGAAAGCUGCGGGAUGGAUUUUUUGGGCCUGGAAAACUGAAACUGCGCCGGAAUGGAGCUUUAAGGAUUUGGCCAAUGGAAGGAUCAUCCCUCAACCUUUGACAUCGAUGAGUACUGCUGUCUGUGGUUAG